AUGGCUGAGGUGGACGUCGCCCCAACGUUGGGCUCAGAGCUAAAGGAUGGGUUCAAACCCGCGAGCGCCUGGGUCGCCGGGGGGAUCGCCUGGCUCGAUGAUAUCCAGUCCUUUUACCGCGAACGAAGUGUGAUCGAAAAGGAGUACAGCGCCAAGCUCAAUGCCCUAGCCAAGAAGUACUUCGAGAAGAAGACGCGGAAGUCGGCGAGCCUGAGUGUCGGCGACACCCCGACCAUGACCCCCGGCUCGCUGGAAAGGGUGGCGGAACCCCUGAAGCAGAUGUCGGUGCGAUUCGAGGAGUUGCGCAAACGCCACGCCGAGUAUGCCGAGAAGCUGGAAAGAGAACGGGAUGCUUCAUACGCCGACCUCCGAAAGAUGAAAGGAAAAUACGAUGCUGUUUGCCAGGAGGUAGAGAGCAAGCGCAAGAAGACCGAAUCCUCGUUCGACAAGGCCAAAGCGCAGAGCAGCUUUCAGCAGCAAUUGCUCGACAUGAACAAUGUCAAAAACACUUACCUAAUCUCCAUCAAUGUAACCAACAAGCAGAAGGAAAAGUACUACUACGAGUACUUACCCGAGGUCAUGGACAGCCUUCAAGAUCUCUCAGAAUUUCGGACGGUCAAGCUGAACGGGCUCUGGACCCUAGCCUCCCAGCUUGAGGCCAACAUGCUUCAACAGAGCUCAGGCCAAGUCGACCGCCUGGGCCAGGAGAUCAUACGAAACCAGCCGCACCUGGACUCGAUGAUGUAUAUACGGCAUAACAUGGGCGGCUUCCAAGAACCCCCAGACAAGGAAUUCGAGCCGAGCCCGGUGUGGCACGACGAUGGCGUCAUGGUGGUCGACGAGGCAGCCAAGGUGUACCUGCGCAACCUGCUCAACAAGUCGAAGGGUCAACUAGGGGAACUGCGACGCGAGGCAGACAAGAAGAGGCGGGAAGUGGAGGGCUUAAGGCGGGUGAAGCAGAGGGUACGGGACGGGGCGGAGCAAAAAGAUGAGGUGGCCGUGGUAUCGCAGUUAUUCGCGAUGCAAGAAGACCUCCACCAGGUGGACCGGAAGCGUAUCACGGUGGAAGUGGAAACAUCAACCAUCACGUCGGCGGUGGGUGAUGUGACGCUGGGUGCGAAAAACCACAACUUCAAGUCACAGACAUUCAAGAUUCCAACGAAUUGCGACCUCUGCGGCGAGAGGAUAUGGGGGCUGUCAGCGAAGGGCUUCGACUGCCGUGACUGCGGCUAUACAUGCCACAGCAAGUGCGAGAUGAAGGUCCCGGCGGAGUGUCCAGGUGAGCAGUCAAAGGAGGAGCGCAAGAAGCUCAAGCAGGAGCGGCAGGAAGCCGCAAACUCGCUGCUCAAAGCCACCGGUGGGCCACCGGAGCAUGUGGCCGAACUACCCACACUUGGCCGUUCCGACACGGUGACCUCCGGCACAUCGGGCUACGCAGCAAGUUCACAACGGUCCAUGACCGGGCCCUUGUCACCAGCUGAGGAAGUGCCCCCGGAAGUGCCGACGGCCACCCGGCCGACAAGCACCGGCCCCCCGCCCGCCGCUAGGAAGAAUCGGGUCAUUGCGCCGCCUCCGGCUGCCUACAUCAGCGAGCUUCCGGGUAGCACCCCGAACGGCUCGUCGCAUGGGUCGGAGCAGAGAGCCAAGAUGCUCACCCAAUCAACCACCGCUAACCCUCCUCUUCCACAGCCGGCUCCGGCUGGGGUCCGAGUCCGGGCAGGCUAUAAGGAAGGUCUGGUCCCGGCCAGCUACAUCGAGCCGAUCGCGGCCUCGGCGGCGCCUCCGCCGGCGGCCAUCGCGCCGCAGCACACGGGGCAGUCGUCGUACUCCAACAGCGGCUCGUCGAUAGGGACGGCCGGCAAGAAGAAGGGUCCCGCGGUGGCGCCUAGGCGAGGCGCCAAAAAACUCAAGUAUGUCGAGGCACUGUACGAGUACGCCGCGCAGAGCGACGCCGAGCACAGCAUGGCCGAGGGCGAGCGGUUCGUCCUGAUCAAGGAGGACUCCGGCGAUGGUUGGGCUGAGGUGGAGAAGGGGGGCGUCACCAAGAGCGUGCCCGCGAAUUAUGUGCAGGUGGUUUGA